CAAUCGGCCACCCUUGCCUUCCCUUCCCCGCAGGGCAGCCACGCAGGCGAGCCGAGGAAGGAAACCCUUGUGAGCGGCGGCGAUGCCGUCGGAAGGGAAGAGGAUGGCGGGGCUGUGGGAGCGCGAGGUCGGCCGCCUCCCACCCAAGCGCUUCGCCAACGCCGUCAUGGCAUCCCAGGACUUUGUGCAUUCUCUCAACAUACGGAAGAGGCUGCGGAAGCACAGGGCCUGCGUGAACACCAUAAGCUUCAACGCAGACGGGAGCUUGCUCCUCUCCGGGUCGGACGACCGGAGUGUCGUGCUGUGGAACUGGGAGGAGGCGGUGCCGACCUUCGCUUUCCACACCGGCCACUGUAAUAAUGUGCUCCAUGCGCAGUUCAUGCACUUCUCAGAUGACCGGAGCAUCGUCACAUGCGCUGCUGAUGGUGAGGUGAGGCAUUUGCAGAUACAAGAAGGGGGUCGUGUAACUACAAACGAGCUUGUUGAGUUAGAGUUUGCGGUACACAAGUUGGCUGUUGAACCGGGAAGUCCUUACACAUUCUAUUGCUGCUGUGAAGAUAGCUCUGUGUGGCUUUUUGACCUAAGGGGCAAAGAUGCCGUGGAACUCUUUAAAUGUGGGGCUGUUAAUCAGUUCACUGGUGAGACCAUCGAGCUCUUUGCUAUUGCCAUAGACCCAAGGAAGCCCUGUUGUUUCGCAGUUGCCGGAUCCGAUGAGUAUGUGAGGAUAUAUGAUACCCGCAAGAUUUAUCUGGAUGGGAAUUCUAGUUUCGGUCGCCCAACUGAGCACUUCUGCCCCCCACAUUUGAUUGGUGAAAACAAAGAUGGAAUAACCGGUUUGGCUUUCUCACAGACCAGCGAAUUAUUAGCAUCCUAUAGUUAUGACAAUAUCUACCUUUUCUCGAGAGAGCAUGGAUUACACUUCAACAGUAUUGAGGUAGGUGAACGACUCCUGAUGGAUGAGACCGAGGGAGUCUGCCACAUAAAUACAGCCCCAUUACCUUUUUGUAGGGAUAAGUUUCCUAUACCUAAGACUUUCAAGGGACACCGGAACGUACACACCAUUAAGGGGGUUAACUUCCUUGGCCCCAACUGUGAUUAUGUUACCUCUGGAUCAGACUGUGGCCAUAUAUUUAUUUGGAGAAAGAAGGAUGGGGAGCUUAUUAGAGUGAUGAAAGGAGAUAAGCGGAUUGUAAACUGUGUCGAGCAGCACCCUUCUGGGACUGUUGUUGCAAGCAGUGGCAUUGAGAAUGAUGUCAAGAUUUGGGAACCUGGUGAAAGUGAAAACCCCUCAAUCGCACACAUUGAUGAGGUCGAGACAGAUAUGUGGCACUCCAGUAGCAGUGAUUCUGAUGCCUUCGUUUACAACAACAAUUAUGAUUAUAUGAUGGACUCGGAUGUUGAUUUAUAUUAUGAAAAUGAUGAUGAUGAUGAUGAGGAAGAUGAAGAUACAUCGCAGGAUUCAUCAAAGGAAGAUAAAGAUGGUGAUAACAGUGCCAAAGAAGACGAUGAUGGUGAUAACAGUGCCAAAGACAUGAGCGAUGGUUGAUGAAGAUGUAAUUGGUGAGGGAGAUUGCAUUCAGCUAUUAUUUCAAGAGUAGCUGGUGCUGGUUUCGUUGUAGGUGAUUAGGAGGAGUGAGGCUUACAAACAGAUGCGUAGUUAGGAUUCUCAAGAGUUUUUGUAUGAUGUCUGUUAGGUUAGGGUUUAGUGUUGCUUUUCACUCUUCAGCCUUUCACCUGUAUAUAUUCUUCAGAAUUGAGAUAGCCUAGCAUUGUGAUGUCGAUGUCUCCUGAAAGCAAUUAUCCAGCGGGAGACUAACAUAUAAGCAGCUAUGUGCAUAUGCUAUUAGAUAGAGUGUUAAGUUUUCAACCAUUCAUAUAAUACUUUAUGAAGAAGUACUUACUCUUGACGGA